CGAUAUUAUGCAAUAUUUACGUAACUUAUUAUAAAAUACUCCACAUACUCCCUGGUGUUAUGUAGAAUUAUAAUAUUGAGAAACUUCUUCUUGUCUGAGUGAAAAUACCUGACGAUGUCAACACUGAAUGGAAACAGUGAUAUACAAAAGACAAUUGAACAUUUUAUUGAUGCAGUAAAAGGACGUGCACCGCCUGACAGAUUGCGUCACUAUUUAGGAGAAUCUAAACCUCGACACAUCGUCGGUUGGACUGAUCACAAUGACCUUGACCUUUUACAUCAUUGUAUUAUUCUGAACAGCUCAGAAGCAGUGGAGUUUCUUUUGUCACAUCGAUAUUUUAAUGAAUCUCAUCAACCAAAAUACAACCCGUAUCUACACUUGGCCGCGAAACUGGGGUCUAGGACUAUUCUUGGAGUAAUUCUUACGCAUCGUCCAAACGAUAAUCGACCGAUGACAAAUCUAAUCUAUCCUGAUGUGAUGAACAAAGAUGACAAAAAUCUGUGUAUAAAGUUAGAAAAUCAAUCAAAGGUUACACCUUUAGAUGUUGCCGCAUUGCACAAGCAUAUGGACUGUGUUCACCAGAUUUUAAAUAUAUGCGUUCUGAAAAAAAAUCCAGAACACACUAACAGCGGCUAUGUUGCCUUAGCGACUUUAGAUGGAUCAGAAAAAGCUUUACGGUACUUGCUCACACAUGAAUAUCAAAGUGAUGAUGCACGAGAAGCUAUCGAAAUAGCUGUAAGAUGCGCCAGAGCUUCCUGUCUUGAUCUUCUUCUUGAAACAAAUGUAAAGACUGGUGACCUGUUUGAAGGCAAAAACCCAUUCCAUAUGCUUUAUACAUUCAGUUCAGGGAAGGAAUUCGGCCGUGGUGGGUAUGCAAGCUUACCUGCUGUAACAACCGUUCUAGUCAAAAACAAAUUUGACUUCUGCGUAAAAAAUCCAACAAAUACGUAUCCGUUGUAUAGUUUAUUAUCUAAUUCUCUAUGCAUGCACGACUCAAUCAAUACGCAAUACUAUAUCGAAUGUGUACGCAUUUUACUGAACGCGGGUGCUAACGCAAACUUUGAUGAAUGCAAAUAUGAACAGACUAUGAAUUCAAAAGGAAAGAAAUCUCUUGUUGGAAGACGAUCUUUUUCAUCAGCAAUGCACUGCCUUUUAGAAACAGUAGAGACAUACGUAGAGUUUUUGGAAUCGGGUUCAUUGGCAGUAAAAUUUGUUCUAGAAUGUGGCGAAGCAUUGCUUUCUCAUGCUGCAAAAACUAACAAAAACGCGCGUUCAUCAAAACAUAGGAAUAGUAUUUUAGGACCGAUUCUUCACCAAUAUGGUAAAACGAGCGUCGCGAUAGGAGUUGAUGAAACUGUUUUCCGGUUCCUACUGCGUUAUGGAGCUGACGCUAAUCACAAAUUGAAUGACAAAUAUGUAAUCAAUACAUAUUUAGACGCACUUUUAGAUAAACUUUGCCAGAUAGCUCCUUACAUAAGACAGCCCGAUCACGUGAAUGACGUUGAGAUUAUGCUUAAAAUGUGCAAGUACAUGUCGAGGAAAUCCGUAAAAGAUGCCCUUCGACUGUUCAAAAACAGACAUUACAGGCCAAUCGAACAGACCGCAAAGUACAUUACCAUGGUACAGAAAGAACUAGAACGACAAAGUAACACAAUUCAACCGUUGAAACAUCUAGCUGCAAAGUCUGUCUGGGAAAUUUGUGACAGAAAUGCUAGUUCCGUCCAUAAGCUGAAAGUAAGCUCGGAACUCAAGACAUGUAUUCUUCCUAUUGUGAACUGGUAAAGUUCAAUUCUUCUCCGGUAUUUUCACACAUAGAGUCAAGAUGGGUUAUUGAAACCCAUAUACAUUGUAUUGUUAAAGAGUCUGAAUUAUCUAUAAAUUUGUAUUCCGAAAA